GCACCACAACCGCUGCUGCUGCUGAGGAGGAACCGGCUGUACUGCGCUGAAAGUCGGGGACACGCAACCGACACCUUCCCCCCAUCACCCCACUGUCACCUCACAGUCAUCCCUGCAGCCCAAGCAUUUCGCUUUUAGAGAUUUUACUCAACUGCGUCAAAAUGAUCAAGAACAGACACCACUGCCACCAAGUGAGCGCAGCAGCAGCAGCCGGGAAAGACGCAGGGGCGACCCCCGGCGCUGCACCGUGCAGUCCCGAGAAGAGGAGGCGAAGAAUCCGGGUGUGGUGCGAUGGUUGCUAUGACAUGGUGCAUUAUGGCCACUCCAAUCAGCUACGGCAGGCCAAGGCCAUGGGAGAGUACCUCAUCGUUGGAGUGCACACAGACAGUGAGAUCGCAAAGCACAAGGGUCCUCCGGUCUUCACUCAGGAAGAACGAUACAAGAUGGUGCGGGCCAUUAAAUGGGUGGAUGAGGUCGUGGAAGGAGCGCCUUACGUCACCACCCUCGAGACCCUCGACAAGUACAACUGUGACUUCUGUGUGCACGGAGAUGAUAUAACUCUAACAGUGGAUGGUAAGGAUACGUACGAAGAGGUGAAGAAGUCAGGACGCUACAGGGAGUGUAAGAGAACCCAGGGAGUUUCGACCACAGAUCUGGUCGGCAGGAUGCUGCUGAUGACAAAAGCACACCACAGCAACAUUGAUAGUUCAGACUAUCAGCAGCACACAGACAACUUUGGAAAGGGGUCGCAUGCUCAGAGGGGCCACAGUCCCUGGACGGGGGUGUCUCAGUUCCUGCAGACGUCACAAAAGAUAAUCCAGUUUGCCUCAGGCCAGGAGCCUCAGCCUGGGGACACCAUCAUCUAUGUGGCAGGAGCCUUUGACCUCUUCCACAUUGGCCACGUAGAUUUCCUGGAAGCAGUGCAUAAGCUCGCAGACAAGCCAUACAUCAUAGUGGGGUUGCACUUUGAUCAGGAGGUGAAUCGUUACAAAGGGAAAAACUACCCCAUUAUGAAUGUCCAUGAGAGAACGCUCAGCGUCCUGGCCUGUAGACAUGUGUCAGAGGUGGUGAUUGGUGCACCCUUUGCAGUCACAAAAGAUUUGCUGGACCAUUUCAAGGUGGAUCUCGUUUGCCAUGGAAAGACAGAAAUAUACCCUGACAAAGAUGGAUCUGACCCUUAUGCUGAGCCAAGGAGGAAAGGGAUCCUGCGCACUGUCGACAGUGGCAACAGCCUCACCACAGAUGCCAUCGUGCAGAGGAUAAUCAAAAACAGGUUGCUGUUUGAAGCGAGGAACCAGAAGAAGGAGGCCAAAGAAAUCGCUGUGAUCCAGGCCAUGAAGCGGAAAGAGGAGGAGAAGACUAAAGAAAGAGCCCAGGCUGUGGUGUAGGGGAGGCCCCCCCCAAAACAAAAGGCAGCAACAAGUGUCAUUACAACGCUGACAAGCUCAAUGGAGUUAAUCUCAUGUACAGUUUAAAACAAAUCCUUUAUAAGCUCCACACACGAUCCGGGCUCAGAACAGCAGCCUGUUUGUGGCCAGAGUGGCACAGUCUGCUGCAGGCUCAUCAGGUAUACCAUGUGUGUUAGUGUUUAUUAAUGUACUCUACAUAUGCAACUACAUGUUCAUGUCAGUCAGACACACAGAAUUAUGUAACUGCUGAGGUUUGGACGAUACAAACAAAAGAAAUGUUAGAAGAAGGAAGUAAUCACCAUGUCUUCAACUGUCUAUUUUAUGUUUUUCCGAAUUUUUUAAACUCCUGCACUAGUUUUAUUUUUGGAUUUAAAAAAAGAAG